AUGGUGAGAGGAGUGAUCCCGCGGUUCACGACCACAUGUGCUCGCAUUUCCCGGGCAGCGAGACAGCGCAGCCCCGGAAUAGGCGUGUGCUGGCCUAUUGGGAGAAGUGCUAAAUUGGUGCGUUUUAUGGAUCACAGGAUGCGCUGUGUUCUUCAGGACAGCCGUGUUUUCAUUGGAACUUUAAAAGCUUUCGACCGGCAUAUGAACUUGAUUCUUUGUGACUGUGAUGAAUUCAGGACGUUGAAAUCAAAGAAUUCCAAGCUAGGAGAACGGGAAGAAAGAAGGUCGCUUGGACUUGUGUUGCUUCGAGGAGAGACACUUGUAACAAUGACUGUGGAAGGGCCUCCUGUGAGAGAGGUUGGCAUUUCCAGAGUUGCAGUUCGUGGUCCUGGUGUUGGCAGAGCAGCAUUGCAAGGAAUACCUGUCAGUAUAUCAAUGAUCCAGAUACCUACAGGUCUAGCUGGACCAGUAAGGGGGGUCGGCGGUCCUUCACAAGAGGUAAUGACACCUCGGGCUGGAGAAUGUGGAGGCUUUCUGGGACCACCACCUCCUGGCUUGAGAUUUCCAUCUGGACUCUCAAUGGGGAUGCCUUCAGCCAGAGGAGUUCCCAUGGGAAUGCUGCCAGGAAUUAGACCACCAAUGUUGCCCAGGAUGAGAGGAGUCGUUGUGCAGUCGGACUGGAGCAUUGUCAUUGGGCAAAGGAGGAGUGGCCACCACAAGCUGGGCCAGUUGGCUCGAGCUGCCAAUGCCAGAGUCUUGUCGCACCUCGCCAGAGGUACGCUGGAGGGCAGCCACCUACCAGACGGCCUGACCUGCAACCCAACGACUUGA